AGUGGGGGCUGGGGGUGUGUAGACAGGCGGGAUUCCGAGUUUCCCAGCACUCCUAGGAGAGAGAGAGUGCCAGGUAAUGCCAGAUUGGGAAGGCAGGCAGGACGGCAGGGACAACACGUACUGCCAGUUUCUCAGUGAGCUGGGGCCAAAGGGGUGGGGCCAAAGGGGUGGGCUCCGCGGCGCGCACUGCGCUCAGCCCGUGGGAUGGUGCACCCGGCCCGCCUUCUGCGCACAGCCCAGAGCAAGACCGCGGGCAUUGCAGAAUCUGCCGGGCGGGUGCAAGGACGGGGGUGGGGCCUCUGCGCCCGACCCCUUCCCCGGCUAUAAAGGGAGCCGCCGGCUCCUGGACGUCACCACGCCUUUCGCCUCGUGUUAGCUUCUGGAUUGGGAACUCCCGCUUCUCCUUGCCUCGAGAUGGACCCCAACUGCUCCUGCUCACCUGGUGGCUCCUGUGGCUGUGCUGGCUCCUGCAAAUGCAAAGACUGCAAAUGCACCUCCUGCAAGAAGAGCUGCUGCUCCUGCUGCCCUGUGGGCUGUGCCAAGUGUGCCCAGGGCUGCAUCUGCAAAGGGAUGUCAGACAAGUGCAGCUGCUGCACCUGAUGCAAGGACAGCCUUGCUCCCAGAUGUAAAUAAAGCAACCCGUAUAAACCUGGAUUUUCUUUUGUACGAUGCUGACCCAUUUGCUGCAUUUUCUAUGAAAUAUGUGAAUGGCAAUACAUUCAUCUAGACUA